CCCAGGAGCGCUGCUGUACUAUCUUUCAUCUUUAACAAAUUGUUUUGAAACCAGUUUAAAUAUCCAACCCGCGGUUUAUUCGAGAAAGUGUUGAAAUAUAAUGUGAUACUUUACUUUAUACUACAAUAACAGGAUACGGUACCAAGAAUUUUGUAUCUUAAUGUUGAAGCGGUACCUAAAUUAAUUAGGAUGUGUUACUUUAUGCUUUUCACAAAAGAAACCAUUGGCACGUGUAUCUCAAAAUUGAAUUAUGGAUGUUGCUUCUUCUGCCACAAAGCGAUCAGUGCUUGAUUUGGAUCCAGACUACAAAGAUGGUCACGUUAGUGAAACCAAAAGAAGAUGCUUGGUUGAAGAAUCAGGGCAAGAGCAAGCCCAGGAGCGUGUGGUGGAGGUGGUGGUGCGCGAGUUGGACGCGGCCCUGGCGCAGAAGGAGAGUGAAGCGCUGCAGCUGCAGGAGCGGGUCCAGGCCUGCCAACGGGAUUUGCACUUGCUGCGUUUCGGCGUCACCUCCUCCUAUUACAGACAAUACAUUGCUUCCGAUGUGCCCAGCUCAUCUCUUCAGAAAGAGGAGCAGAAUUCUGUUCAUCCAGCAGUGCUGCGACUAAUGGGAAUUUCUCUGCCGAGUGGCCCAAAGACUCGUGGUGUUCGUUAUAAGUCUGUAACACAAGGAACUAGUCCAGAAGCUGUUGAUGGGGUCUCCACAGUGACUUCAGCAAACAUCAGCAAAGAUAAUGAACUAGAUGAGGAGAAGCAAAAAGUACAUAGGGAGGAGAAUCAAGAGGCCGCCCCAGUAAAGGUCCCUAGAUAUGUUCCACCCAAUAUGCCAAAACCUCCUGAAGUGUGUGCUUCUUCAGUGCGCAUGGAGAGGCACCGAACUAAGAGAAGUAAGUGGCUACCUGAAGACUUAAGGGAGAGCGCUGCUACCCACAAAUGGAUGUUAUACCUAAGAGGACCCAAGGACUCUCCAGAUGUCUCUGAUAUUGUCGCCAAAGUUCGGUACUUUCUACAUCCAAGCUACCGACCACAUGAUAUUGUUGAUGUGGUUCAUCCUUUCUACUUAGCUCGGAGAGGAUGGGGCGAAUUUCCAGUACGAGUACAAGUACAUUUUGUUAUUCAAGAAAAUCGUCCUAUUGAUAUCAUCCAUAAUCUGAAAUUAGAUCGGACUUAUUCUGGCCUUCAAACUUUGGGAGGCGAGACUGUGGUAGAUGUUUGGCUGAAGCAAGUGUCAAGUAUGGAAGAUUACAACCAGGAUUGUGGAGACUAUCAAGAAGAAUCUCAGCAGCCUCUGGACACAUUAUCAGAAAGCUGUAAUAGUGAUAUUGACUGGCAUGAGACUGUGGCUCAUAAGAAUCAGGAAAUGAUGCUUGCUACCAAUCGAGUGAAAACAGAACCAGACGAACAAGAAGAAGAGCAAAAUGAGGAGGAAAUGGAAAUCAAGGAGGGCAAUGAAAUUAAAGAGGAGGAAGAAGAAUGUGAAGAUGAAGAAGAAGAAGAUGAUGAUGACAACGACAAUGAUUAUGAGGAAGAAGAGGAGGAGGAAGAAGAAGAAGAGGAGGAGGCAGAAGAAGAGGAGGCGGAAGAAGAGGAAGAACAGGAAAAAGAAAAGAAUGGUAUUCAAGAACUUCACCAGGACAGUAAGGAAAACAUUAGCAGCAAUUUUUUGAAACAUCUAACUUCCUCUCUGGAACAUGAUUUUAAAACCUUCCAGAUUAAAAGUGAACCUGGUGCAAUGCAAACUAACAUAGAUAGUACCAACAAAACAUUUCUUGCUUCAUCUCGGAAAGGAUUUGUUCUUCACACCCUUCCUGAUCAUGACUACUUGGGAUCUGAAACCUUCAUAUUGAAAUGCACAUUGUGUGUAGAGCAGAAUAGUUCAGAUGGCAUUGUAGGAAAGAAUCCUAUGAAAGAAGAGAUGAUGCAAGUAACAAACCAGAAUGAAGAGCCCAGUUGGUCCACGUUGGUACCACCACCACUGGUUCUCAUACAAAAGUCACGAGAGAAGUUGCAAACAUUUCCUCUAAACACAAUGGUUUCUAGUGAUAAUAGACAAUCAUUGGUGAAGAAAGAAAGAAAACCAGAUGCUACGAACUUGGAUUGUGUAGUUUCUAUGCCUGGAAACGGCUUUGUUUCUAACUCAUCUCUAGUGCAGUGUGUUGAUGCGGAAGGGAACCUCUUCUACAUCAGACUUGAGAAACCAGCAAAAUGUGGUAUUCAGAAGGGUAUGUUUAAUAGUUCCAUGGACAUCCAAAUACCACAUCCAACAGGUGGCUCCAUUGUGAAUCGUGUCUCAAAUUGUUCAGUAGAGGAGAAAAUAGAUAUUAGAAACAACUUGGUUUUCCAAACAAUCACGGGAAUGCCAUCUCCAGCAUCACUCCAAACAGGGCGAAGUUUGUUGAAAAAGAACUGUGUUGCAUCGAUUCCGUUUGUUCCAUCAGAUACCAGCAAAACACUAAACUCAAAGAAGCAUAUUGAAUGCAAGUCAACAGUGUUGGGAUCAUCACAGUCUCACUUAAAAGAAGUGCCAGAGGAAACAGAUACUAGCCUGAAAGACGCUGAACAAAAAGUGCCAAGAAUAACUAAUGAUCAACAAGCAGUGAUCUGGAUACUGAAGCAGCUGCCAUUGGUAGAUGUUCGAGUGAAUGAUCCAAAGUUCAAACGACAGCAUCCAUACUGUGCUAAAAGUGUAGAUGUGUUUUUGUCAUGGCCUGUUGGAAAGAGACACUGUGCAGAGAGAUUGCGAGCAAAUGCUGUUCAUGCUAUUCUUCAGAAGAGUGAUCCAUCUCGGUUUGCAAAGUGGUCUGUCCGGCAUAUAAUAAAAUGGUCACGUUUGCACGCAUUAACUCCUCUCCCAUCCCAGACAAAGGAGCAUGAAAGAUUAGAAAAUCUGCCAGCAAUUAACAGCACUUUGAAUUCUACUGUGACAGAACCAUCUGAGGUGCAAGACUGGUUAGAAAAUGUUGCUGAGGCUUCAAGAACUGCUGAGGAAACAGAAAUUGUAGAUGUGGAUUCCUUGAUUCCAUCUUCCUCUGAUUUAAAGACAUCUCCCUCUCCAGAGAAAACAUCCAAUUCAAUGAUGUGGAUACAUUCAGAUACUUUCUUUGGUGCUUUUUUGCGAGAUACAACAGCACAACUUGAUAUCAAUUUGAAGCCAGAGAUGAUAUGUACUGAUGUUAUGUAUCCUGCUGCAGAGGAACUUCUGAACAGAGCAUGCCAGUCUUUAUGCGAGGAUCUCUUAAGAAGGAGUAUGAGCCAAGCAUGGAGCCGUUGCAAGAAAAUGCCUAAUGAUAUAGUGCUUGAUGAUGUGCAGAAUGCCAUUUUGUCAAGACCUGAAUUUAGCAUAUUCACAAAUGAUGGUCUCGGAGUACAAGCUUAUGACCCAUUCAUUGAUGGCAUUGUUCAGUCUUAUUCGUGAUCUGGAAAAUAUGUCCUCGAAUCAGAACACAACAUUAAGGAAGGCUCUUGGUUGGUUUUGUGGAGAGGAAUACUUCAAUUUUUCCUUCUGAUCUACUGAAGCUCAUGCCCAUCAGUUUCAUUUCUCCAACUAUAUGCUUCACCUGUAUCAAAUAUUGCUAAUGUCAUCAAGAUUCCACAAGCAACAUGUGCAUCCUUUGCUUCAGAAGACAUCUUGUUAAGACUUCAUCCAAAUGUCUUUGGGCAAGCAAGUCUGCCCCUUCUGUGCUUCUUAAGUUGCUCCUCAUUUGGAAUGCAACUCAUUCUGACCUUAGCUGACCUUUAAGUUGCCUGUAACAAAAUUGUCAGAACUAGUGACAUGUUAGACAGCUGAAACGUUGAGAAUUUGUCAAACCAUUGACUCCAACAAAAUCUCUGAAAAUUCCUAAGCAAACAUUACCAUCAUCAAAAAGUACAAGAGAAUGUGCUAGUUAUCAACAGAAUUGCUUUUCCGGACAAUGUCGCUUAUGAAUGGAAUUCAGAACUUUUUUCAAAGGUUUUUAAAGUAGACCACCUUGAAUACUACUACAUCCAAACAUGGCAACUUCAUCUUUGCUGUUCAUGUUUAUUGUAUGCAUUCUCUCAGCACAUGCAUAUCCAUAAUGGUUUUACCAAAAACACCACUGCAGGAUGCAUAUAUAUUCAAGAGCAUCUUCUUUCGGCCUGAGAAAGCCAACAUAUUAUUGAUUAAUCAUAACAAAAAAUUCAAAAUCCACCUUCCGUGGAUUGUAAGACAUCUGGAGAAAAACAAUCAACUUUAGUUUUGUUCUACCACAAUUUGCUGCAGAACAGGAUCCCUUCAUAUUGUUUUUAGCAAAUAUGUAUUUAUUCUUCUAGGAUCUCCAGUUCAAAAGGUAAUACUCUAGUAUGCCUUUUAUUCAGUGAGCAAGUUAAGUCUAUUACAAUCUUUUAAAGAAUAUUAACCACAUCAUAUAUGCAGAAGUUUUGUGCCAGAAGAGUAUCUUUGAUAUCAUUUACAAGUUUGGAAUGAAAAGUUGAAAUAAAGAUAUCUAGAACGAGUAUAGAAAAAAACAAACUAAAAGUGAUGUUGUGUUGUGUAUUGAAAAACUGAGUUAAAACUAAUAGGCCAGACUAGAAAAAUGAAAGUCAAUUACAAACAGGUAAAAAUAAUUGAAUGUUAAAAAGUUCAGUUUGUGAUUGCCCUCAUUCCUUACACGUGUCAAAGGCACAAAAUCUACAUUAUGUACAUAUAAUUAAAUAUUCAGUGAGUGGGUGCUUACUUUUGUUUAAGUCCCACCAGUAGUAGAAAAAAAAUUGUACAUUUAUUUAUAUUCAUCUAAUCACAGAAUUAAUACAGAUUCAAUUCAGUUUUUUUUUUUUUUUGUUUGUUUUUUUAGUAUUUGUAUAUAAGUGUAAAGAAUGAUGUAAUUUACUGUUAAUUUUUUUAAUAGAUAUAUUGCAUUUACAAUUAUAGAUUUUAAGUAUUCUAUGAUUUUUGUAUAGUUUAAAAACCAUAACAUUGAUUUUCACGAGUUUUUGUUACUUUUGUAAUAUUUGUUAUUCUGAUGAUAACUUUUGUUUUGAUAUUACAAAUUGCACAAGCAGAAAGUAUAGUUCCUCUUCUUUUUUUGAAUUCCUAUUUAUUGUUUUGUUAAGUUGCGGUAUAUCUAAGAAAUAUACAAAAUUUGUGAAGCUGUUUUGGUCGACCAUGCCAAAACAGUUAAGACUUCAUUAUCAACAACACAUUAUAGUCUCUGGCUACAGUAGUUCUCUUCCUGGGAAUUUCCUAAGUGACCCAUUAUUUUUCAGGAUGUACUGUUUUUGGAAAGGCAAUGUUAUCAAAUAUUACAUUUAAGGUUAGAUUUAUUUAUUGUUAGGCUGUGUAAUUUGGAUUACCCCAUUUUUGCAUUGAAUUAAAGUUAUUUAAGAUUUUGUACAUUAAAAGAUUUUAUCUCCCAACAGUAUUAUGGUAUGUGAUUUUGAGGUUUUAACAUUAAAUAAUUUUGAGGGAAAAAAAUGUAUUUUUACUGUGUGGAUACAAACACCAGUGGAUAAUAGAAGAAAUGUCUACAUAAUGAAAUUACAAUUUGUUUUUUGUUUUAUUCUUUAUAUAUGGAAUUACCAUUUCCCAGAAACUCCUAGAUUCGGA